AUGACCGUCACUAUUGUGGUCGACAUCAUCACUAUGGGACAGCACCUGAACGAGCUUCAGUUUGUCACCUGGCACACUCAAGUGGAGGACAUCUUCGACCUUUGGCACUUUACCUCGCAGAGCGCGACGUUCCUACACGUGACCUCGCCACUAUCUACAAAGGUGGUUGAAGAGUUCCAAGACGUGGACACACCCCAAGAUAACACGCCUUAUGACCACUUCAAAACGAUGGUGCUGCAACGUGAGUCCGUGUCUGCGCGCAAGCGUCUCCAGCAGCUUCUCAACGAAGAGGAGCUCGGCGGCCAUCCACGGUUGGAACUUAUACGCCGGGAAUGGCACCCGGGCUGCGACUUCCGUGCGCUCAACGCGCCCACAUUUCCUGAUCCCUAUCCACUCACUCUCAUUCACGACUUCCCAGCCAACCUACAUGGAACGGUAAUAUUCCACAGGAUAAUUUCGCUGAAGGCCUACCAUCAACCUGCUGUCGAGUCAGCGGACAACCCAAAGACUGCAGUUGUGACACCAAUCGGGCAUAUCGAGUGCAUCCACAUGCCGUUCGGACUGAGAAACGCAGUUGACACGUUCGAGAGGUUUAUCAAGAAGGGCAACCAGGGACCGUCCUUCGAAUUUGCAUAA